AUGGGCCGCAAGGCUGCGCGCUCGCCUGCCGCGCGCUCGCCUGCCCCGCCGCAGGCACGCGGCUCGAGCAGUGGCGGCACGGGCGGCAGCAUCCCGCGGGCAGCCCGCCGCGUGGCCUUCAUCGACGACUGGACGAAGUGUCAGGCGUGCGCCAGCUGGCACUGGAACGCCACCUGGUGCGAGGCUGGCUGGAAGUGUCGCUGUGGCGCGCAGGUGGAGCCGUUUCGGCGUCGCGGCAACAGCCGUCCUCCUGUGCGCGGGGCCGCGCGGCGCUCGGGCAGGCUCGUCGAGCCGUGCCCCUGGCACCGCAGCGGUGGCGGCGGCAGCAGCGACGCUGGCUCCAGCAGCCUGGGGGGCUCCGAUUUCUCGGUCUUCCUUUCGCACCUGGCUGCGAAGGCGGGCGGGGAGCCCCAGGCUGCGGCGGCCAUCCAGCUGGUCCAGCGGCUGGUUGCUCCACCGCCGCCUGCCGAGGUGGAGAAGCCCCCCGACGAGGUCUUCCGCAAGGCGACAGGCCUGCACAAGCACGUCGGCACCAGGGCGCACUCGACUCGGUGCUGCGCAUCGAGGACCGGCGGCGGCGCGUGCGAAGGAGGCGGAACUCGCCGUCGCCCCGGCGGAGGCCGAGCAGUCCAAGGCGGCCGCUGCGGCCGCAGUGGCGCGGCAGGCGGCGGAGUCGGCGCGGGUGUCGGGUGUCUCGGAGGAGCUUUUCACUUGUCCGGGGAUCCUGCCGUCUUCACGGACGUGGCUUGUUUUUCGCCCGCCGAGCAAGGGGAGUUGCAGUUCCUGGAGCGGUCCCUUAUCCAGACCAAGACCGAGAUGGCGGGCAAGGCCGAGAUCAUCCGCGCCAAGCUGGCGGCGUCCAAGUCGGCGGAGGCCCAGCAGCGCAGCACCAGGAAGCGGCGCACGGGCUCCACCUCCCCCCCACGCGAGGAAGGUGGAGGUUUCGACGCGGAGAAGGAGGUCGUCAGCGAGGCCUCUUCCCCGCCGACGGAGGCGGACGGCGGCAGCACGAUCGCCGUGGCCGCCAAGAAGCUCAGCGCUGCCAAGUUCGCCGCCACGCGCGCGGCGCGGGCAGCCGCCGCCGCGGGCUCGGCUGCCCCUGCCGCCCCGCUGGGGAGCGCUGGCCAGGGCGUCGAGGCUUGCGGGUUCGUCGAGGAGUCGCUGGGGCGCUUUCACUCGUUCGCCUGCGUUGAGACGCAUGUGCGUGCUGGUCAAUUUGAGAAGCGGCGCUGGGCCGCCAGGAAGCUGGACCUGCGCAUCCCGGCCAAUCACGCGAGGCGCGGCCACUACACGCACACGCUGGAGGGCAGCUGCGACAGCUCGUUGGCCGCCCCAGGGGCGGAGGCGGCGGACGGCUUCCAGGCCGGCGCCAUCCACCUCAAGGGCCAGCGCCAGGUGGUGGUCGUCACUUUCUACGGCAUCAGCGGCGUCGGGUGGAGCGGGAGCAGCUUGCGGCGCUUCGCCAAGCUGGGAGGUCUCUUGCAGGCCCUGCAGGCGCCGUGGUUCGUCCUCGGCGACUUCAACUUGCCGUGCCAAGUGCUGCAGAAGGCGGACUUCCUGCGGCAGGUGGGAGCCAGGGUGCUCCAGGCGAACGCGGCCACCACCUGUGAUGCGGGGCCGUCGGGCUCGCACAUCGACCACGGCCUCUGCUCCGAUUCGUGCGCCCCGAUGCUGGCUGGCAUCUGGGCUGCUGCGGCACCGUGGGGCACGCGCGGUGGUCUCGUGGUCGAGCUGCGCUCGGGCCACGACACCCUGCUGGGGCGGCAGCUGCAGCUCGCCAAGGGCUUGCCGCAGGUGCAGAGGCCGAGGGGCGUCGCGUCCAGCAGUCGACGAGGUCGUCGCCACGGCGACGCCGAGCGCCGCGCCCUUGCGCGGAAGAAGGAGCUGGACAUCCACGACCAGCUCUUCGGGAGUCACGUGCGUGAGCGCGAGGUUGAUGAGCUCUCUACUCGUCCGGGGUCUGCCAGCAGCGACGACGGUGGAGACAGCAUCGACGAGGAGGCGGGAGGUCACUCUUGGGCCGUGCCGCCGCCCCCUGCUGGGCAGGCCGCUGCGCGGAUGGAUGAGGAGGAGGCCGACCCCUUCGACGACCUGGACAAGGAGCUGGAGGUGGGCCACCAGAACGGGGACGAGCUCAGCUGCGACCCCACCGCAGGUCCCUCCGACGCCGCCCCCCUGGCGCUGGGCGUCAUCGGCGAGGGCCCCUGCGCCCCUCCUGGCAGCCCCGCAGGAGGCGGCAGCGCCAGGACGGCGAUGAAGGGCCCGCUCGCAGCAUCUGCUGCUGCAGCAGCGGGCGGCGCUCACAUCGGUCAGCUCAGCGCAUGGCACGCGGACUGGGUCGAGCACGUCGAGAGGGCGGUGGGCCAGCACCACAGGAAGCCAGUGCACGGGCGGCGUCGGCGCAGCCAGCUGGCUCAGCGCGCUGAAGUCAAGUGCCCGACCAGCGCUGCCGCCAGGAACGAGCCGCUCCGCAGCGCCGCCCCGCGAUGGUGGUCUUCCGUCGCUGCGUUGCUGGAGCGGGCGUGCAAGCUCCGACGGCGGCGCGGGGCCACCGACGAGGACGCUCGCCUGCUGGCCGCGGCGGGCCGCGAGCUCCUGGUGUUGCGGCGGCUGCUAGCUGGGCUCGGCGACAUCCACAGCGUGGCCGACGACGUUUUGGCCUGGUUGGUCGAGGCAGCUCAGGCGGCAGCUUCGAGUGCCAGGCAGAAAGAGAUUCAGGGGUCCCUCCGCCGCUUUCGGCAGUGGAUCGCGCAGGCGGAGGCCACCCCGCUGGUCUUCCGAUCGCUCAAGGAGCGCCACGUCGCGGCCGAUGAGCUCUUGAUCGGGGACCGCGCAGUGGUCCAUCCUUGCGAGGUCCUCGACCACAAGGCCAGCGCCUGGGAGCGGCUGUGGGCCCCACAGGCCAUCGACAUGGGCGAGGUGCUGGAUCUGUUCAGCGACCUCCGCGAUCAGGCGCAGUUCUCCGAGCUUGCCGACAUCAAGGUCGACGACAUCCGCCGCGCCUUGCAGCGCAUGCGGGCCAAGACGGGCAAGGGCGUGGACCAGCUUACGGUUUCCGACCUGGCAUGGCUUCCCGACGCGGCGCUGCAGGAACUUGCCGACCUGUGCGCCGCGGCGGACAUGGUCACCAGGUGCUGGAGCAUGGUUCGAGAGGACGCCAUGCGCGAAUGGUCGAGGCGCACGGCGCCGGCGCGGGGCGCCGCGAUCGCUGGUAACUCAGCCCUUCGCGAGGCUUUCGCUGGAGCCGUCAGCGAAGAAGCCUUCGCCGCGAUGGGCGUCAACUACGGCCACGGCCUGAUCGACGUUCAGAAGUUCUACGACAGCAUGCCGUGGGUCGGGCUGGCACGCGCCGCGCUCAGUUGCGGCUUCCCGCCUGCGGUCCUCGCGCUGGAGCUGCAGCAGUGCAUGGCGGGCAGGGUUCUCUUGCAAGAUGGCAUGGCCUCUCGUUUCGUCAUCCCUUGCCAGUCGGUUGUGCAGGGCGCCAGGUCGGGCACGCGCAUCGGCUUCGGCAGGCGCAUGACCUACCACGCGCUGCAGCGGCUCACCAUCGGCUCGCCGCAGCUCCUCCCGUCGCGCAUCUGGGUCGAUGACCUCUCGCUGUCCGCCGCUGGCACGCGCCAGUCGGUGGCGGGCGCGCUCGCGCAGGGCAGAGUGGAGUUCGGCGACGGUGCGCGGCAAGAGGUCGGGGUCCAGGCUGCAGCCUCCUACGGGCACGAGGUCGACGGCGUCUUCGGCAGCAGGUUGGCCGAGCUCCGCAGGUGCUGGUUCGAGGUCUGGCGCGGCUGCCAGGAGGUGAGGAGGCGACUUGCUCGGGCAUGGACCCCCAUCCACGCCAGGCUUCGCGAGGCAGAGCCCGAGCGCAGGUCGCGGCUGGCGCGGGGGCCCGUCUCAGGUCUCCAGGCCCUGUUGCUUCAGCAUGGGCGGGCCCCUGUCGGCCCGAUGGGAUGGGAGCGGGUUCUCGCAGACGGGCCGCGCGAGAGGUGGGCGUUCCCCGACGCGGCCAGCAUCGCGGAGGGUUCGUGCAAGCAGGUGAUCGAUGCGCUGGAGGACGCUUGCUCUGGCACUCUGGCGCUCGGGACAGCCUGGCUGCCCUUGCUCUGCCGCCUCGUGCUGCCGCUGGGGCGCGACGGGCGGCCUGGGGCGGCUUGGAGCAGCCGCUGA